AUGGGGGCCAGGCAAUCAAGCGCCCGCUCCAAGGACAAAGGCCCCAGGGGCAUGGUGCUCCUGAGGAGGAGGCAGAGAUUCUCCCCGUGGCUCUCGGGGAAGGACCCGCGGUCCCUGCUGAAGCGAGGCAUGCGCCACAUCAGCUUUAGCCUGGUCACCAAGGGAAUAACGGACAUCCCCGACUUUCUGUGGGGCUUGUCCGAGGUCCAGAAACUCAAUCUGUCUCACAACCAACUCAGGGUUCUCUCCCCUGAGGUGGGGAGGCUGAGUCGGCUGGUGGUCCUGAACUUGUGCGGGAACCGUUUGAAGAGCCUGCCACAGGAAAUCAGCCUCCUGAAGGGCCUGAAGGUGCUGUUCAUCAACAUGAACUGUCUGACCGAGGUGCCAGCCGAGCUGAGCGCCUGCAAGAACCUGGAAGUCCUGAGCCUGUCGCACAACAGCCUUUCCCAGCUGCCCGCCAGCUUUGCCGACCUUUCUAGACUGAGGAAGCUAAACCUCAGCAACAACCGUUUUGCUCACAUCCCCAUCUGUGUGUUUGCCCUGAAGGAUCUGGAUUUCUUGCAUGUGGGCUCCAAUCGCCUGGAAAACAUCGCUGAGAGCAUCCAAUGCCUGGGCAGCUUGCAGAUCUUCAUUGCCGAAAGCAACAACAUCCACUCCUUCCCGCGAUCUCUCUGCCUCCUUGCCAGCCUGGAGCUGCUGAACUUGAAUGACAACGACAUCCAGACCCUCCCAGACGAACUCUACCUGCUGUGUCGACUGGCCAGAAUUGCUUGGAAUCCCAUGGACAAAGGGCUCCACAUUUCCCAUAAUCCUUUAUCGAAGCCUCUGCCGGAGCUGGUGGAGGGGGGCCUGGAGAUGCUCGUCAGCUACCUGAAGGACAAAAAACACCACUGA